AUGGAUGAGUUCACAGGAAAUCUUGAGGGCAAAGUUGCAAUCGUAACCGGCGCCUCUCGCGGCAUUGGGGCAACCAUUGCAACCACACUCGCUCAACAUGGAUGUGCUGUAGUAAUAAACUACAACAACUCCGCCGCAGAAGCCAAGAUCCUGGGGAAACAGAUUAAUAAGGACUACGAUGUGACAACCUACGCCGUGCAGGCCGAUGUCUCCAAACCCGAGGAAGUAGCCCAACUGUUUGAAAAGACUGUCAAAGUGCUGGGAAGGGUUGACAUAGUUGUCAGCAACGCUGGCGUUGAGCAUUUCGGCAAUCUUGCUGCAGUGCAAUCGGAGGAGAUCGACCAUGUCUUCGAUGUCAAUGUCAAGGGCCAGUUCUUCGUCGCUCAACAAGCGGAGAAGUAUAUGGAGGAAAGGGGGAGGCUGAUACUGACAAGCAGUAUUUCUGCCGUAAUGGGCGUACCACAUCACACAAUCUAUGCGGCGUCCAAAGCGGCGGUUACGGGAAUGACCAAGUGCCUGGCAUGGGAUUUUGGAAAGAAGAACAUCACAGUGAAUUGCAUCGCAGCUGGCGGUGUCAAGAGUGAUAUGUAUGACAAGAAUGCAAAGGAGUACAUGAAGGACGGGGAUGAACUGAGUGUGGCGGAAAUCGACGCUCGUAUAUCAUCUUGGAGUCCACUAGGAAGGGUUGGGAUGCCGGAAGAUAUUGCUGGUGUGGUUGCAUUGCUGGCAAGCGAUGAAGCAGGAUGGAUCACUGGACAGACCUUGCAUGUUAGUGGAGGCGCUCACAUGGCCACUGCCUAA